UUCUCUCUUCUUCUUAUUCUUCGUUUACUAAUUUUCAUGUUUCAUUUAUUCUUUGUUGAUGAACAUAUAUAGUACUAGUACUCCUCGUCUCUUUACGUGCAACAAGAAUUCAUUCAAAUUCUCUUGUUUGAUUUGAUCAAAUGGGUUCGAGUUCAGAAAAAUUCCAAGGGAAGAAAUCAUUAGUUUCCCUUGUGGAUUCUGCUGCCAAUUUGUUGAGAGAGCCAUUUCAAUUUUUUACAACUAUUCUCCUUAGCCUUUUAUUUCCUCUCUCAUUUCUCAUACUUUCUAGGCUCUCAAUUGCACAUUAUCUCAUUGACCUUUUAGGCUAUUCCACUGAAGAAACAGAUUCUGAUCUCCUAAUCAAAUUCUUCCUUCAUGCCAAUCCCACUUUUCUCCAUAUACUUGUUUCUCUUGUCAGCGUUGCUGCACUUACACAUAGCUUGACGGGUGGUACUUCGUGCUUCAUCAGGCGUACCACCGAGCCAGUUUCAAGACCGCGACUUUACACUGCGUGGAUUUUCCUUUGCAUAUUGCAAAUUUGUGUUGGCUUAGGCAUCGAAGGUAGCAUAGCUGCUGGAGUAGAUGGCCAUGAUCUUGGUAACAAAAGGGGAUUCUUGACAAGAGCUAUAUUUUUCUUGGGGUUACAUGAAACAAUGUUUUUUUGGUCCAAGACAGUGGUGAAGCCAGUGGUAGAUGACACAGUUUUUGGUGUUGCAAGGGAAAAUAGACUGGCUGAAAAGGCAGCAUUGGCAAUGAGUUUUGGUGGGCUGUGGUGGUGGAGAUUGAGGGAUGAAGUUGAGUCUUUAGUUGUUGUGGUGGAGAAAAAAAGAGACCUUUUGAUUAGUAUUGGAUUGGUUGAUUUUGUUGGUUGGUGGUUGUAUUAUUUAACUGUUACAAUUGGUUUGAUCAAAGUGGUGAAAAGUCUCAUUUGGGUAGUUUACGUAAUGUUUGGUAGAAGAGUUGUUGUCCCUAGAGUUGUUGACACAGAGAAUGCCGGUGAUUCUGUGAGAAAUGAUGAGAAGGUCUGAAUAUGACAUUCUUUUGCUCUGUUUUUUAAUUUUUGUUAAAAAGAAUUGAAUAUUUGUUCAUCAAUUGUAAUAUAUUAUCCUCUAGUUGGUCAACGACGCUCAAUUAUGAACGUUGAUUGAGAGGGAAACUCUUUUUUCUUUUGUGUAAUUUUGUUCCCAGUAAGUAAACGCAGAUUCACAUUUUUUUCCU